GUACAGACAUCAGCAGGCGACAAGCUUCCCGACUUCUCUUAUGCUGGGUACCAUCAAUCCGAAACUGCGCCCCCAGCGCUCAACUCGCCUGCGAAGAAGGCUCUGAGUCCCGGCUCAGCCGCUAUUCAAGCCCCACUCGACCUCGUCUGGAAAUCUGGAGGUGGUGUUGUGGAGCUCACCUCCGGGACGUAUGCGCUCUCCUCUGGAUUGCUCAUCCAUAAUCAGAAGACGCUGCGAGGUGCUGGGAUGGGAAAGACGAUCUUGACGGUGAAGGACCUGAACAAGGAUGUAGUAACACUGGGAAACUAGACGAGCGAUGCAAAGAGGGGAAAGAGUGUAAAGAUCACGGAUACGUAUGUACCGGCGGGCACCGGCACAGUACACGUCGUUGAUGCGAGUGGACUUGCGGUUGGGAUGGAGGUGUAUAUUGAAAGGGGAGUUACGCAGGCUUGGAUCGAUGCGAUGGGAAUGACCGCUUACGAGGGAUUCAAAUGGCUAUCGCCCGGAACACUCGUCCAGCAACCCCGGCGCAUCCAAUCCAUAUCCGGCAAAGCCAUAUCCCUUAACGUUCCCCUCACGGACUCCCUAAAUGCCACAAACACCAUCAUGUCGCCAAUCCAACUAACACCCUACAGCCCUCCUCCACAACCGUCAGAAAUGGGAAUUGAAAACCUCAGCAUGCACGUCAGCCCCACCCGCUCGGGUGUCAUCCUCAACGACACUUCUUGCAGCCACUCAGCUGUGGUCAUUCCUUCCUGGACAACUGACUCCUGGAUCCGCAAUCUCGGCCUCACCGGCUUCAACGACCACAUCACCGCCAUGCAAUCGUCAUCCUGCAUCACUAUCACUAAUGUCACCAUGAACCAUGAUGGGCCUACGGACAACGGCAGGGGAUAUGCACUAGAUAUCGCUAUUGAUGGCACGCAGAUCCUCGUGCAUAACUGCAGGAUGCUGGGCAAGAAAGACACGAGGAGUUAUAGCGUGGCCACGCAGAGCCUGACGCCCGGACCCAAUGCGUGUAUUGGAUACGAGGCGCAGCAGACAAUAGAAAGCAUUGAGCCGCAUCAGCGAUGGGCGCAUGGAUUUCUGAACGAAGAGAGUAAGGGAGUAGCAGUGCUAUUCAGGAAUCGUGCGGCAGCCGGGAGCGGUCAUGGCUGGACGGCGAACAACGCCGUAUCGUACAACACGAAUGCUUCGGCAUACACUAUUCAGAACCCUCCGAUCGGUCAAAAUUAUUGUUUUGGCUGCGUGGGACCUAAGGAUCCGAGACAGGUUAAUAACGGAACAUUUGAGAGUUACGGCGCCUUUGUAGAUCCGCCGAGCUUGUUUGAGGCGCAGUUGAAGGAUCGAGGAUUUGAGUUCAAGCUAUGAACGCUGGUAU